AUGUUGUUUUUUUGCUUUUUAAAUUUGAAUUCAUGUAAAAUCUAUAACUUUAAUAUUACUGAUAAAUGGCGUGAAACUAUUAAACUAAAUCCAUGGAAUUAUAAAUUGGAAGUUUGGGGAGGGGAAGGCGCGGGUUCAAAUAAUUUCAACUGCAACGACUGUGGUGCUGGAGGUAAAGGUGGUUAUUCGGUUGGCUAUUUGAACAUUUCUACUAAAACCGAAUUAUAUAUUUAUUGUGGACGACAAGGAUAUGUGAUGAAUUCCUCUUCAGAAUAUCCUAAUUAUGGAUAUAGUAAUGGUGGACAUCUAUGCCCAUCCCUGAGGGCAAAUAAGAAUUAUUAUAUAGGAGGAAGUUCAUCAUUUAUAGUUUUGGGUGAAUUAACAUUGAUAGAAGCAGGUGGUGGUGGUGGUGCAGGAAGUAAAGGGCGAAAUGGUGGAUUCGGAGGUGGGGAAAUUGGCGGUUCUGCUGGCGGUUUAGAUUAUGGAGGUACUCAAAAUUCUUCGCACAAAGAUGGGGGAGGACAGCAAAGAUACGGUGGCUCGAUAUGGAUACCUGGUGGUUCAGGUGGAGGAGGGUAUUACGGAGGGGGUGCUUACAAAGGCAGUCAAUGUUGGGAAUCCACAAGAACGUCUAAUAUAGGAUCCGAUACAGAUGAUAUGCAAGGCCAUAGUUAUCAAGAAUUAGAAGAAGGAUAUCCAGGUUGUGGUGGAAGCGGUUAUGUUUUAACAAAAGAGAAAUAUGAAAGCCUUGAUAUAUCCAAUGGCGUUUACUUAACAGAUGCAGCAACAAUAGGAGGCAAUGAAUCAAUUAGGGAACCAGACGGAACUUAUUCUGUUGGCCAUUCAGGAUCUGGAUAUGCUAGAAUAACUCCAUACGAGAUUAAUAACUACAUUGUAUAUAGAUAUGAUGAUGCCUAUAAAGAUAGCACUGUAUUUGGAUUUCAUGAAGAAAAAUGUCUUGAAAUAGUAGAAUUCGAAGAAAGAAUCCGAGGAAAAGUUGUCACUUCUAUUGAAAAUGAAGCUUUCAAAGACAAAGAAUGCAUCAAAGAAGUGAUUUUUUCACCAAUGAUUAAAGCAAUUGGUAAUGAUGCGUUCAAAAAUUGCAAAAGUCUUAAAAAUGUAAUCUUUUCUAAUGUCGAGUCAAUAGGAAAUGGAUGCUUUGAAGGAUGCAUUAGUUUAAAUCGUAUUGAGUUUUCUCCAAAUCUCGAGUCUAUCGGUGAAUAUGGGUUUUUCAAUUGUAACUCGUUAGUAGAAGUAGUCUUUUUUCAAGCUAUAUCUAUCGGGAAAAGCUGUUUUGAGAAUUGUACAAACUUGAAAUACAUCAACAUUCCCCCACAAAUCAAAAGAAUAGGAGAAAAUUCAUUUCGAAACUGCCUGAAUCUAAAGUUCAUUCAUUUAUCAGCUCAGAUAAGUCCAAUUCCAUCAUAUUCCUUUGCAUCGACUGGUUUAGAAUACGUGAAAAUAAGUUAUAGCCAAACUGUUAUGAGCAAUGCAUUUGAUAAUUGUGCAAAUCUCCAAAAAGUCGAAUUCCUUGACUAUAGUCGAAUAAUGUCAAAUGCAUUUAGUAACUGUCCCAACAUUAAAACUAUUGUUUUUAACGAUUAUGUCACAAUGUAUGAGAUUACAUUUGGAGAAUUGAAUUCUUGCAAAGUUUACUAUAACGGCCAAAGUGAUUAUUGCUCUGAACAAACCAAAAAAGCAUUACAAAAGAUAUGA